UGUCAGGGACAGGAGGCAACAUCCUCAAGAACAAAAAAAAGAGAGAGCUUAGUUCUUUUUUUCCUUUAUACCACAUGUUUUUAACAUGGCUGAACCUACCACACCUUUAUUUCUAGGCCUUAAACUCCUCCACAUAUUCAGUAUUGGCUGUGUAGGGUCAGCCCAAUUCUAUCUACCUACGUUUUAUAGUACUGUAUUAAACCUAGGCGCCGAUAAGAUCGGUUUCGUAGCAUCUAUCGGUAAAGUAACCUUCUGAUUUUUGGUUUCUCAACAUCCCUCCUUUUUAUAUCCGCUUAUACGAUACAUAUCCUCUAUCACAGCCCUUUUGACCUUUUUCUCUCUCUUGUUCUCUCUCUGCAGCUCCAUUUGUGUCAUGUUUAGCAUUUCCAUUUUGGAUGGCAUGGGCUGACAAGACCCAGCAAUAUAAAAAGAUCAUGGCAAUCAACAUGCUCAUUGGCUUGGUAUUUAUCUUGUCUAUAAGUCUGGUGCCAUCCAUUACUACAAGCAACAGCAACGAGUGGACCAUCACAACACUCGUGAGUAUCGGUUGUCUGGGCUACGCGUUCUUUGGCUACCCCAUCAUUGGCACCUGUGUAGACUGUGCAACACUGCGGGUGCUCGGCGACCGGAAGCAGCAGCUUUAUGGAAAAAUGAAGAUGGGCUGCCCCGUUGGAUUCGGUCUCUCCGUCUUCUUGACCGGCAUAAGCAUUGAUCUCUGGGGCCCUUAUGCGCUCUUUGGCAUAUUUGCAACAUGUGUUUUAUCGUUUGUCUGCACUUGUCUGCUUACUGAUCUCGAACCCUAUCCAUGGCCUCAGCAGAGACGACCCAUCAAUAACAGCAACCGCACUACUACUGCUGCUGCUGGACAACAUCACCAUCAUGAUGACGUUAUCGUUUACGGUGAUGAUGAUGAUGAUGGUGGUGAAGUUGACGGUGACAACGAUAAUGUCGAUGAUGAUGAUGAUGAUAAAUUGAAGAGCCCCUCAUCCAUUUGGGACCUGGCAACACAACCACAGGCCGUGCGAUUCUUUAUCGUCAUGACACUCCUGGGGAUCGUGAUGGGGAACGUUACCGCAUUUCUAUUCUUGUUCAUUGAAAAAGAUUUACACGGUAGUCCCGCGCUUGUAGGGCUUCUAGGUCCGCUGGCCAGUUGCACCGAAGUAGUCUGCUUCUUUUUUGCCAAGGAUAUUUUCAGAUGGCUCGGUCCACGAAGGAUGUUGAUUGUUGCGCAUAGCGUUCUUGUCUGUCGAUGCCUGAUCUAUAUGAUUGCUACCACGAUUUCAAGCGGCGCUUACUUGGCUGCCGCGAGCCAGCCGCUGCAUGGUAUCUGCUUCUCAUUACUGUGGAGUGCGGGCGUGGUGGAAGCCGAUAACAUAGCCCCUCCGGCCCUGAAGGCACGGUCGCAAGGACUGCUGGGCACGGUAUAUCUUGGUUUAGGCGCCGGUGUUGGAUCGCUCGUGUGUGGCUACGUCUACGAGCAUUCGGGAGCCGUCAGCAUGUGGUUGCUGACUAUGAUCCUCACUCUCGUGAGUCUAUUUACGUAUACUGCUCCCGUGGUCGACAAGUGUAUCCAGUCGCUGUGUGCUGUGAUCGCCCGUCGGCGACAUGCUGAUUAUACCGUGAUCGCGUCGAGUGAACACCAUCACCACCAUAACCAUGAUCCUAUGAAGGAUGAUAAUGAAUAAAUUUGUACUCUCUCUUUCCAUAUAUGUUAUUUCGCGUCAUUUGUUUCUUUCCGUUAUGGCUGGAUGUUCAUCGUAUACAAGAGAGGAGCGGAGGGAGUGUGUGUG